CACGUCUCGUGACAGGAAGUAGCUAAAACACGGAAGUACUUUGUUAUGAUUUAGCAGACAGCUGGCUGAAUAACGCUUAAGCUGGCCAAGUACGGAAAUUUAUCAAUAUAUACAUCUUCCGAGGAACCCCCGAAGCUUGAAGGUUUUGUGCUCACAUUUGACUGCUAUUUUGAACUGCUCAGUCUCUGGAGCUUCACCAUGGUGGAGCCCACUGCCUCUGGCGUGUUCUGCAGCAGGAUGCUGAGCAUGGUCAACGCUGAGGACGUCAACGCCAUCAUCCAGGCUCAGAGACACAUGCUGGACCGCUUUGAGAAGACCAACGAGAUGCUGAUCAACUUCAACGGACUCUCCAACGUGCGAUUGCAGCAGAUGAACGAGCGCUUCUUGCUCCACACUCGCACUCUCAUCGAGAUGAAGAAAGAUUUGGACAGCGUCUUCCGACGGAUCAGGACACUAAAAGGGAAGAUUGGCAAGCAGUACCCAGAUGCUUUCAGUAACAUCCACGAGUCACCCAUCCCGGAGGACGACGACGACUUGGACCCGGCGCCGUCGAACGGCGCCACCAGGGUCACCUCGGGGCAGAGCUCUUGCUGCGACUCCAGUCCCGACGUGGUCUCCCCGGCCGCCAGCAGAUCCUCCGAGGAGCUCUCGCAAGAAUUGCCCGACACGCCCGCCUCGGACGCCCAUUGCACGGCCGGCCUGCAGGAUGAGGGCCCGGACUCGGUGCUUGCUGAGUAGCUUCAC